AUGACUAACCCCCCCAUUGCCCAAGAACUCAUCCGCACCCCAACCCCGCUGACCGUAUGGCAGUGGAACUGUCGCUCGUUUCGCAACAAGAAACCAUCGCUCACUCUGCGCGCCCUUCAACACUCGCCAGACCUCAUCGCCCUUCAAGAAACGAAUACGGACAACGUGUCGCUUCGGGGUUACACGACAUAUGCCACUGAUCCAACAUCCCGAACAGCCGUCCUUGUUCAAGCCACCCAAACCGCCCAAAGGCACACUCUACCUACAACAAUAGAUUGUACUUUCGUCGAGCUCCUACCACGUAAAAAGACAGAAGCCAGCCUGUACGUCCUUAACAUCUACAGUCCUCUAACACAGCCUCUCCCGGCGAUCGACCGCCUUUUACGAAUCGUCCGCCAACGUACCAGGGGCCAAAAACUCGUGGUCCUCGGGGACUUCAAUGCCCAGCAUGCGGCCUGGGGCUACCCCAGAAACAACAAAAAGGGUACAAGCUUACACGAAGCUACUCUACAAAAUCAACUCUGCCUAUGUAACUCCCUCCACAUUCCCACUAAAAUUGGCAACAGCGUCUCGCAGGAUACGACCCCCGACCUGACGUUUACGUACAACAUCAAACAGGCUACGUGGUCGCGCCUGGACGAAACUCUGGGCAGUGACCAUUACAUAAUACAGCUCCAAAUCCCACACCAAAGGGCCAGGAGCCAAAAAAUUGGCACUGCACGCAUCGCCAAUUGGAAAAAUUUCCGAGAAGCAACUCCCACCGGUCCCAUCAUAAGCCUCGAGGAUUGGACUGCCCAGCUCCUUGAGAAGGCACGGGAAAGCACCAAGGAACUUUCCCUUACGCAGGACAAUCCCGCCAUCGACGCCCAUCUCCUCCACCUCUGGGACGCUCGCAGCGGGCUACUCAGACGGUGGAGGAAAAACAAGACAAACCGCAAACUGAAGACCCGCAUUGCAAAACUAACGGCAGAAGCGGAAGCAUACGCCCUCCAACUUAGCCAGUUAAACUGGAUGCAACUUUGUGACAAACUCCAAGGAACACCGGGGACCUGCCGAACUUGGCACCUGCUACGCUCCCUGUUGGGGACCGGCGAGUCCAAGGCGGUCACGACCCACCAACUCCGCCGAUUAAUUCACAACCACCCGGGUACUGAAGCCGAUUUGUUAGAUGAACUCAAACAACCUUUGGCGGUCCCCUCUCACGCCCAACCCAAGCGGGCACCAGACUACACGGAAAAAUAUGCCCUUCUAACGCUGUGCAAGAGAACAUACAAGAAAAACAAAGACCCCAUACCAGGUCCAGGGCUCACCAUUGACUACCAACCCGUCCCCAACGUCCCACACCUUCGCAUCUUGGGCCUCAAUAUACCAAAAGAUGGCUCAGGCGCCCAGACCAUCCUCUUCCUGCAGCGCACACUCACUCAACUCAUGCACCUCAUCCGCAGAAUCUCUCAUCGCCACUUUGGACUACAAGAAACGGACACUCUACGCAUAAUUCAAGCUAUCCUCAUCAGCCGAGUCACGUACGGGACACCGUACUUGGCCCUGAAAUCCUCGGAGAAGGAGAAACUCAACGUUGCCAUUCGCCAAGCCUAUACAAGGCCACCCUGGGACUACCCCCAAAGACGGCCACACGAAAACUCCUGCAGCUCGGCGUCCAUAAUACAUGGGAGGAAAUACAAGAAGCCCAUCAAGUCUCACAAUUGA